UAUCAUUCUCCCUUGCAGCUGGUUUUCUGCGUGUGGGCUGCAAAACAAGAGAAUUUUUGUUUUUUAUGUGAAGUAUUUCACAGGCAGGCCCUUCCCAUUAUACCGAGCAUUGCAUUGUUUUCCAUUAGUGAUAAGGAUAAUAAUUACGCAUUUGAAGCUGGUGUGGAAUAAUCGUCUUUGUUUCUCGGUGUUACAAGCGGAUUUUCAGUUUGCUAUGAUACAGUAUAAGCGGGAUUAAUUGCUGGAUUAUCAGUGUUACGUGCUAAACCCGGGCAUUGCAUGUCCCCCUGUGCUUUACAUAACAUACUUUUGUGCUAUUUGCUUGGAGAACAGUAAUUUUUCUACUAUGUUGGAGCCUAUUCAAUUUUAUUCUUUGUUCUUGAAAGCUUACAACUAGCAGUACGAAUAGUGCCAAGGUCAUGAUUUACAGCUUUUCUGUCGAACACGGACAUGACUUCCACUAUCGUUGGCGCUCCUAAUUCACCCACCUCCGCCCACUGUUCCAACACUCCACAACAAGUUACCUAUUACGCGUGGCAAUUUGAAUGAGUAAACACCAUUCGUUAUCAGCUAUUGAUUUCACCGAGAAGAGAGAGCAAUCAUAAAUAUCUUUGUCUUGCAAAGUUAAAACAUGGAAGUUUCACGCGAAGAAUGGAUAGACCGGGCCCAGGAAAACAUGAAGAAAUUCCUGAACCGCGGUGGUGCUUGUCGAGGCGAUGAGCCCCAGUUACUGCAGGGAAUCAGUUUGCAGAAUACGCUCGGGUAUGCGCUCAGUCUCACCAUGAAGGAUCCGAACCAGUGGACCGACGAGGAACUGCAGCUCGAGUACAUGGAACAGCUGUGCUUCUAUGAUGAUGAAUCAUGUAAAACGAUCAACCGAAUAACGCAGCAAAUGUACACCGGGAUCCACCCGAAUGUGACCUGCCGGCUGACGAUUCUUCCGAUCGAACUGUUUAUGGAGGGAAAAUUGUACGAAGUUCCACUGUUUCGGUACCACUUCCAGCAGGCCACCGACACGGAGCCGAAGUAUAUUGACUCCAUCGGUAGAGUGUAUCAAGAUUUUGAUGAUUUUUUGAAAAAUAACAAGUAUCCCUCGGCGGAAAUGAUGUAUCCGAAGGAGGGUAAACUGGUGCCCACCAAUUUGAAGAAUGUUGUGUACGACAUCGGGAAGACCCCGGCGUGGAAGAAUUAUUAUUUUAAAGCUUUGGAUAUUGCCACUGGGAUUAUAGGUAUUGCCGGUGCCACUGGAGCGAUUUUUCUUUCGGGUGGCAUGGCUAUCCCCUUUAUAGCGGCUAGUGUAGGUUCCGGUAUUUACGCGACUGGUCGAUCGAUCGAUGUGCUACGGGAUAAAAGUGCCCACCAAGAAUCGUUAAAUCCGCUAAGCGACUCAGAAGCCCGUACCGCUUGGCUUAGCCUGACGGCGCACGUGCUUACGUUCGGCACUAUGCCCCACAUCUCCGCCCUGUCAGGGGUGGCUUCUACCAGUCACAGCAUUGCCACCGGUUUUAAGGUGUGCAAUUUUAUCAACGAAACAGGAAACAUCAUCAGCGAUUUGGUAAUCUGCGACACACUGUCGGCAAUGCAUUCGAAUUACUACAACGCCAGCAUCGAAACGCGGCUCGCCCAUGCGGCCUCAAUUUGCUUCUGGACCAAAACGAACAUCAGCAUCCGGCAGGCUGAGCUGAUGAUGAAGAACAACGCGAUCGUGGCGCUGAAAUUGUUCGGCUUCGAGGACCACUUUUGUGAGUACUUCAACAACGAUUCUCGGGCGCUCGAUAUCGGCUUGCGGCUCGUGAAGCACUCACUGCAGAGCAAUGUGAUUAUUGCUUCGGACAGAAAGGACACGAAAGCUGUCACCAUCGAUCGGAUGCGUUUCUGCAUCGAGACGCUCUUGAAGCUGGAACCGGAAGAGGUGGAAAAGUUGUUCGAAAUUUUACAGGCUGUAUCGACCGACGAAAAUCGAGAAUUAUUCAACGGGAUCCGAUUGCUCUGCAAUAGUGAUGUGGAUCUGGUCCGGUUGAUCGCAGCCGCAGCCGAACGGGAACAACUUCCCGGUACUGAAAUUGCCGAUAUGUUGCUUCGUGUUUACGCUGCACUGAAAGAUCGAGAUCAAUUUAAAAUGAGCCUCAACCUGGAGGACGGUAUUUGCAUUGGCAAUGGUUUCCGGCUUGGCAUCAAACAGGCUUACAUCUUGUUUGCUUCGAAAGAGGACGGACACCACCAAAGCGCCAUUGCGGCGUUGAUUGAUGCCGUACUAGAGCUUCCCCGGGAGCAGUGCGAAGCACUGACCAAAAUAAUCAAAACUGAAAUCAUCGAUUACAUAUCAAUUUUUAAGCUGAAAGCUAGUGAUGAUAGUAGCAGUAAGGAGGACAUCAGUAACCGAAUUAGAGAUGAAAUUUCAAAGGCCUUAUCAGAAGAGCAUUAAAUUUUCCGCUGAGACAUAACUUAUCCUAGUAGCAAGCAAGCCACAAUGAGUGAAAUCUAGCCAAAUUUUUAGGGAAGCGUAGUGUAGCCGUAGAAAGCUACAACAAACUGCACCGCAAAAAACUCUUUAGAAUGGAAGUCCGACUUCCAGGAAAGAAAUCACGCACAUACAAACUUUAAGUCAGUCAAAUACGGUAGUGAAAGAGAAAUUUAAAUGAAAAGACGCUUUAAGAUUUUUUAUCACAGAAUUUUUAGAACUAACAUUAAGAGACUAACUUGCACCUGUUUAGAUGAACUAUUAGACUUAUGAAGAUGAUCAUAGUAAUAUGGAAUAUGACACCAAAAAAAAAGCGUAUGCUAUAUAGAAACAUAACUUAGCUUGUAGUGAAAACGCUCAUCAGUGUAAAUGUUAGUGGAAUGUUGUGCAGGUGGACUGAGAACAGGCGUUAAAAUUGUUCUCAGUUAGAAAGCUUUUCAUUCUGUGUAAAAGUAGUUAAAACAAAGAGAAAAAAAUACAGACAGAGAAAAUGUGCAAACUUGUUACAAAUUUAUUUUACAUAUUGAUAAGGACAACCAAAAAAUCUUAUUAUGAAUGAUUUAUUUUCGACAAAUAUAUAUAUUAUAUCAGAUGCUGGUGGCGAUGACAACGGGGAUGAUAAUCUGUACCGUUUAAAGUAGCACCAAGUUGUCGUGUGAAUAAAUAGAACAAAUCUUGAAAGUAACAGAAA